AUGGUGAAGAGGGGACGAGGGCGUCCGAAGACCGCGGUACCGCCGUCACCACGAAUCCCUACCACACCGGCGAGUCAACCGGUUGUAGUCACUCCCACACGCACUGAAGAAGUCACGAAGCCUGAGAAUACUGUGAAAGCCCCGGAGACGGAAACCCUAAUUGAGAAGAACGAUUCACCAAAGUUGUGGGUUGAUAUCCUCAAUGAGAACCGAAACCCGACUAAAGGGGAUUUUGAUGUUGAAAUUGAAGACGAAGAUGUUUCAUCGAAGCUUCAAUUUUGGGAAAACACUUUUGUGUUAUAUGGAUUGGGUGAAGACCUCAGCAUGAAUGUGGUAAAGAACUUCAUGGCGAAGACCUGGAAUUUCGUUACGCUGCCCGACAUGUACUACCAUGAAGAUGGAUACUUCCUGCUUCGAUUCAAAAGUCACGAUGAUAUGGAUGCUGUGAUGAUGAAGGGCCCAUAUACAUUGCGAAACAUCCCCCUCAUUAUUAAAGAAUGGAGGCCAGACUAUAAUGUUAAAGAGGAUCUACUCAGAACACUUCCUAUUUGGAUCAAACUACCAAAGCUCCCUCUCCACCUGUGGGGAGCACGAUGCCUGAACAAGAUAGGAAGCUUGCUUGGAAUUCCAUUGGUAACUGAUGAAUGUACGACACAUAAGCUACGAGUGUCCUAUGCUCGGAUCUUAGUGGAAGUUGACAUCACAAGGAAGCUGAUUGAUGAAAUAAACAUUAAGGAUCUCGAAGGGAGGAAGCUGAAGCAGCCCAUUGAGUAUGAGUGGCGCCCAAAAUUCUGUGACAAAUGCCAAAGGGUUGGACAUCAAUGUGGAGCUGAGGUUCAGAAGAAAGUGUGGAGGCCUAAACCCCCACCUGAGACUAAGGAACAGGUUCAGGUUAAUACCACCCCUACCAAUGUGGAGAACACACAGGGAGAGGAGCUGAAAUGGACAACUGUGGCAAAGACUAAUGGUGAUAGAGGUAAGAAAAAGAUCAUCUAUCCUGAUCCUAAUAAUGAUAUAGCUUGUGAUAAUGGUUUUGAUGUGCUAGGGAUUUUGAAUGAUCCUCUAGUCAUCAUAGGAAGCACAUCAUGA